AUAUCAAUAUUUAAAAUUUCAAUUACACAAAGAUACACUAUUUCUAUAAUCUAAUAAUCUUUAAUCUUUAAUUGUAAUCGAUCGAUUAACAUGACGACAAGAAAAUUUGAAAAGUUAUAUCGAGAAUGAUCGAAGGCAGAUACGAAUUACGUAUACAAGAAAUACGUUUUAUCAAAUACCCCGGAUCGAUUAGUUACGAAUUGCUUCAAAUUGGACUAUAUGACUAAUCUUGACACGAUUGUUCCAUUAUCUCGGUCUCGAUACGAUAUCGUUAAUGGUAAUCUCGUUUGAAUUCGACGAACUUUUUUUUUUUUAAUCCGAAACUCCUGAAAAUUCCCUUCUUUUUUUUCCACGGAAUUUAUCGAGAUACGCGAAAUGGAUUCCUUUGAAGUUCAUGCGAUGAUACACCUUCGACAGUGGAUAAUGAUCGAUAGUGGUUAUCAACGAAAUAUUUGGGCUCUGCAUAGAUAUCGACAACUUUUGACCUGGUUCUACCUUCAAUAAUUCAACCAGUUAGUUGUUGGUUCUCAUCGUUCGAUGUUGGAGAUGGAAAUUAAGAAAAUAUUACCCUUAUUUUCCGUCUUUUUCGCGGAUGUUCUCGCGUCCGAAAAUUUGAAAUACGUGAACAUCACGGAUUAUCCUUAUCACGUAUCCAUCGAGAAAUAUGGGGUACACACGUGCAGCGGAGCAUUGGUGCACGAAUUGUGGGUAAUAACCGCGGCAUCCUGCGUUUUUCAGGCAGACCCGUCCACGGUAAUCGUGCGAGUGCGCUCGUCCACGCUUUCAACCGAUGGGGAUCAAUUGGAAGUGGACAAUAUCGUUGUGCAUCAGGAUUUUGAUAAAUACGUUCUGCUCAAUGAUAUCGCGCUAAUCAAGUUCAAGCUACCUGUACAAUUUGGGGCCGAAUUAUUACCGAUAUCGCUUCCGGAAAAGGAAGAUAAGAAGCUUAAUGAUGGAACUAUGUGUUUCGUGACAGGCUGGAGAAAUACUUUGGUCGGUCCAGUGGAAUCUCGACUCACAGUGACAGCAGUGCCCCUCGUGAACCAGAGUACCUGCAGCUCGGCGAUUCCCUGUUACGAGCCCGUGUUCCAGAGGAUGCUCUGCGCCGGCAACAUGACCCAGGGGGUAGAGACGUGUCAGGGUGAUCCAGGUGCUCCGUUGAUGGAAGGACAGACUCUGAUUGGCGUUCUAUCCUAUGGAUUAGGGUGUAAAACUAUGAUACAUCCGGGCGUAUACACUCGUGUCAGCAGUUACCUAGCGUGGAUCUCGGCAAAUUCCGGUAUCCACUAUAUAUAAGAUGAUAUUCGCGAAACUACAAUGUCAACAUUGCUUUAUCAGAAACACGUGGUAUGAUCAAAGCCUCUUGUAUAAUUUAAAGAUAUGCCGGGCGAGGGGCGUGAGAUGAAAUUUUUUCUUGUUUCCAUAUCGUUAUUGUAAAUCUAAAAUUGAGAUUGACUAAACUCUUUUUCCUUAACUGCAAUAUUCAUCACUAUACAUUUGCAUUAUGGAAUCAGAAAAUAUCUGAGGAAAAUAGUGAUUAAAAAUUGUAUUUCUUUUUUAAUAAUAAUUUUAAUAUUAAAAACGAAGAAAUAAAAAUUAUUCUAUCUGCAUUGCAUUAUCACUGUGAGACAAGGAUUUAUUAAAAAUUUUUUAUUAUCCAUACUUACUUUUUUCUAUUUGCUAUAUAAUAAAAAGUGAUAUUGUUUUCAAUCAUUUUGAUAAAAUAAACAAAAAAAAAUGGCAAUUGAAUUUUGAAAUAAAAAUUAACUUUACUUUUGAUCUCAGAUACACAAAUGUCAAAGCAUUGUCAUUUUAUAAAUGUGACCGUUACAAAAGAGUUUCGUGAAAAUAUAUAACUACAUUUGUAACUA